AUGGAGGCCGCUGGAUUGAGCAAUAAUUUUCCAUGUCUUGUGGUCCGCGGCAUUUGUGAUUAUUCGGAUUCUCAUAAGAAUAAACGCUGGCAACCCUAUGCUGCGGCUGUGAGCGCUGCAUUUACCAAAGAGCUUCUUCAGUUCAUCCCCGUUGUUCAGCUUGAAAGGGCCCACAGGGUGUCGUUCAUGACCAAGAAGAAUCAAAUGUUCCCCGCGAAUGAGCACACUUAUAUAUCCCUCUCUCUGCUUAUGGACGGCUCCCAGGAGUCUGGAGCCACAGGCCUUCACCUGGUGGCCAGAUUCGGUCUCGUGACACAACUUCGAGAUUUACUGAAGGAAAUACCAGUUUCAGAAAUCAAUAGUCGGGAUCCCUACGGCCAGACACCUUUGGUCCUGGCUGUAAGGCAUGGACACUGGGAUAUCAUCAACAUCAUUCUCGACGAUAGCAAUGUAGAUCCCAAUCUAAGCGAUGAUGACGGUCGGUCGCCUCUCUCAAUCGCAUCGCAAUUAGGAUAUUCGAGCGUGGUUGAAAAGCUGCUUUCAACGGGCGAAACUGACCUCAAUCUCCCUGCGUAA